UUCCAACGUACUCUACUCCAAGAAUAAAAAGUCCAAUCAAUUACGUAAACCAUCCCUACAACUCCACAUCACCACUUCCCUCGUACACACACUCUCUCUCUCUCUCUCGAAUAUUUUUUACGCCAUGACUUCCUGCUCCACUUCUCCGCGCAAGGCGUCUUUGAGCAAGAUCGCGAGUAAUCGGCUACAGAAAGAGCUGAUGGAGUGGCAGGUGAAUCCUCCCGCGGGUUUCAAGCAUAAAGUUACUGAUAAUCUCCAGAGAUGGGUAAUUGAAGUCAACGGCGCUCCGGGUACGCUCUAUGCCGGUGAAACGUACCAGCUUCAAGUUGAUUUUCCGGAGCAUUACCCUAUGGAAGCCCCUCAGGUUAUAUUUAUACCUCCAGCUCCACUUCACCCUCACAUUUAUAGCAAUGGGCAUAUAUGUUUAGAUAUUUUAUACGAGUCAUGGUCACCAGCUAUGACUGUUAGUUCGGUUUGCAUCAGCAUUCUAUCCAUGUUAUCAAGCUCACCAGCAAAGCAACGUCCAGCAGACAAUGAUCGUUACGUGAAGAAUUGUGGGAAUGGCAGAUCUCCCAAGGAGACAAGGUGGUGGUUCCAUGAUGAUAAAGCUUGAGAACUGAUUUUAGCGCCACAUUGCUGCAAUCUGCAAGUUGGAAAAUAUAGUGUAUUUUCCCUUUCCAAAACAGCCCUUUCAUUUCAAAUGCUCUAUUAUGCCAAUAGAGGCAUUAAGCUGGUGCAGUUGUAUAUGAGUAGCAAUGUUCGGAAAUCGCAGGAAGGCCAAAGUGGGCAGGUGUCAUUGUUAUUUUGGACGUAAAAAUUGUUGAAUUAAAUUCAAUUAUGUAUUGGAUCACAAUCUGAUGUUUCUUAGAUGUGUUAAGGCUUAGAAUGUGAAGUGUUAAAAUGA